UCUGAAACAAAAACAAAUAUUUGACUUCUAGUAGUCAAAACUCGUUCAAUAUUUUCAUAAUGAUCAUCUUCCUCAUUGUCUUUCUCAUAUUCAUCAUCACGUUCUUGCUCAUUACUUAUAGGUGCUUUAGUACUGAACCCCGAAAACCACUUCCUCCCGGCCCAAAACUACAAUUACCUUAUAUCGGGAGCUUAAUCCCCAUGCUACGAAACAAGCCCACAUUCCGAUGGAUACAUAGGAUGAUGGAUGAAAUGAACACCAACAUCCUAUGCAUUCGCCUAGGAAACGUCCAUGUUAUAGCCGUGAGUGACCCGAAGAUAGCUUGCGAGUUCUUGAAGGAUAAAGAUGAGAUUUUCUCGUCAAGACCGGAUUGCAUGUCCAGUUAUCUAACAAGUGGUGGCUAUUUGACCACUGUUCUUGUUCCAAUGAGUGAUCAUUGGAAGAAGAUGAGAAAACUUCUAGCCAUGGACAUUCUUUCGGUGGCUAAACAUAAGUGGCUUCAAAACAAACGAGAUCGAGAAUCCGAUCAUGUACUUAGGUAUAUUUACAACCAAUGUCAUAAUAACAUUGCAGCCACCAAUGGGGUUGUGAACAUACGGACCGUGGUGCAACAGUACUCAAGCAACGUCAUAAGAAGUAUCAUCUUCGGGAGUAGGUAUUUCGGUAAAGGGAGUGCAGAUGGUGGACCCGGUGAAGAAGAGAUUGAGCAUGUUGGUUCACUUUUAACGAUUCUUAAUUACCUUUAUGCCUUUAGUGUGACGGAUUACUUCCCAUGGCUGAGAUGGAUUACUGAUUUUGAUGGACAUGAAAAAAUCAUGAGGGAUGCAAUUCGUACUGCAAGGAAGUAUCAAGAUUAUUUGGUUGAUGAAAGGAUACAACAAUGGAAAGAUGGAAUCAGGACAAAAGAAGAUGACUUGCUUGAUGUUUUCAUCAACAAUCAAAAUACUUGUCUAUCUGCCGAUCAAAUAAAAUCUCAACUCCUUGAACUGGUGUUAGCAACAUUUGAUAAUCCAUCAAAUGCGAUUGAAUGGGCAAUGGCAGAAAUGUUGAACCAACCUAGAAUUUUCGACAAAGCAAUCCAAGAGCUUGAUUAUGUUGUAGGAAAAGAUAGAUUGGUGCAAGAAUCCGAUAUACCUAAACUUAAUUAUAUCAAAGCAUGUGUCAAGGAAGCUUUUCGUUUGCACCCUGUUGCACCUUUCAAUCUCCCUCAUGUGUCAUUGGAAGAAACCACUAUUGCGGGAUAUGUUAUACCAAAGGGUAGCCAUGUGAUACUAAGCCGUAUUGGGCUAGGACGAAACCCUAAGGUUUGGGAUGACCCAUUAACUUUUAAGCCAGAUCGUCAUAUGAAUGGUGGCAGCGAAGUGGUGUUAACAGACCAUAAUCUUUACAUGUUAUCAUUUAGCACGGGUAGACGUGGAUGCCCCGGGAUGUUGUUGGGCUCCACAAUAACUAUAAUGCUACUAGCUAGACUUGUACAAGGGUUCACUUGGAAUAUGCCACUCAAAGAUUCACAUGUUGAUAUGAAGGAAAACUUCCGAGAUUUAGCAAAAGCUAAGCCAUUGAUGGCCUUAGCUAAGCCUCGUCUGCCGCACCAUCUUUAUUGUUAGCGUUAUAGUAUUAGUGAUGUAUUCAUCAUUUAAAUGGAAAUGUAUAAAUUGUAUUCAAUAGUAUAAGUGAUUUGUAAGAUUUUGCCCACAACUUUCAAUGCAUAUUGAAAAUCUUUCUCCUA